AGUUUCUAAGAUCUUAUGGAACCUGAUGCCUUUGGGGUAUCUGGGCACUUGACAUAUUAGUACAAAGUGCACUGCCACUCCCUUUUGUUCUGUCAUUCAUGAGACAAUCUGAAAGAAUCUUUACACACCUUGCACCAGGUUGUAGGGAACUGGGAAGAAAUCAGACUUUCCCCAUAGGCCUGUGUAGCACAACCAUCCAAUGCUCAGCUUGACUGGAAGCAUGGCUGCUGUUCUGCAGAUUGCUCAUCAAAGCCAUUUGAUAAUCCUCAUCCCAAUUUGGAUGGCUGCCACUGUAAUACCUAGGCUUGGUUGCCAUCAGACUAAAAGGCUGGACUGCACAUACUUCUCAAUUAGAUCUACUUUGGAAAACUGCUAGGUCACCACCAUCAUUUGGCCUCAGUCCCUGGACUAAGAAGGGAAAUAGAGGAGGGCAGGGCUGUGGGUGGGUUGUUGUUUUAUUGCCACUGCCUCCUCCUGCUCCUUAUUCUUUCUGGGAAAUGUUUGGCUGCUUUCUCGGCAAAGCAGCCUCUGGUGUAUCGGAGACAGAGAUGUUGUAGCAAACAAUAUACUUUCCAGCCUAGUUUGGAUUAUAGCACCAAGCAAUAUCUGGUACCAUGAAGACCCUUCUUACCGUCUGCCUGCUUGCUACAUUCAUAGCCACAGGAUCAUCUCUGCAAUGUCCAGUUUGUGAGACUGGUGGCCGGAACUGUGAGGGGACUAUGCAGGCGUGCCCCAAAGACCAUGACACCUGUGCCUUGAUACUGUCAGAGAGAUCGAUGGGUAAACAAAACAACAUCAGGAAGAAGUGCAUAGAGCUGAACAUGUGUGACAAGGGCCUUGCUGUUUUGGAUAUGGGCAAUGGAAAAACCAUAUUGAGCCAAGUUUCCUGCUGCAAAGGAGAGGAUUGCAAAAAAGCUCCUACCCCCUUGCCAGCCAGAAAUUCCACAGCAUCUCAAGAGAAAAAGCAAUGCCCAGCAUGUUAUUCUGAAAUGAAUGGAUGUGAGGAAAAGACGAUUGAAUGCUCUAGAGCUGAUGAAGUCAUGUGUGCGGAGUCUUAUUAUCAGACUUUAAAUUCAGAAAGAAAAAACGUGACAACAACCAUGAAGGGAUGCGCCAACCAGGCUUUUUGUGACAACAUGAAGCUUUUCCCCCUGGGUGUUUUACUUCCCCAAAGCAAGUGUGUGCCUGCUUCUAGGUCAGCCAGAACCAUUCCAGGAUUGAUGGGACUCUUUAUCUCAGUCUGGUCUGGAUUUCUGUUUGUGGCAGCUUUCCAAUGAUAUCUCCUCAGCACUGAGGUGCAAGGAUUCAGCAUGAUCACUUCCUCCUUGCUGAUGGUCCUAGGCCUUAUAUAUCCCAUAGGCUUAGCAAGGAAUGUAGCAUUCCAAUCGGCCACAAUACCAAGGUUGUUUUUUUAAAUGCCCCAGCCUAAGAUCCAGCAAUGGUAGCACUCAAGACUGGGACCAAAGGGUGAAGAAAAGAGAUAGAUGCCACUGGUUGGUGGUGAAUGAAGGGAAUUCAUUGGGGAGCACCAUACUGAUGCUGCAACACUAUACCUGUGGAUUGAUCAGCAGUGCUUGGUGUCUCCAAUCCUUACCACAUUAUAGCAUCCUAUUUCAACCUACCUGAGCCUAUGAUAUUGUAACUGCAUCAGGCUGCCAGACUACAUAGCCCAGUAUUAUCAUUUGGGGCAGCUUUGAAGGGGGAAUUAGGUACAUUCAUGAAGUUUAGGGGCACGAAGACUAUAAGUCAGAAUGGCUUUAUAUCACUGCCUGCAUCAGAGGCAGCAUGCCUUUAAUGUCAGUUACUGGGGAAUGUGAGAUAGAGGGUGCUGUUACACUCAUAUCCUUUCUGCAGGCUGCUGCCACACUGUAGAAUUAAUACAGUUUGACACCACUUUAACUAUCAUGCUAUGGAAUCCUGGAAUUUAUCAUUUGUCGCGAGACCAGAACCGUCUGACGGAGAAGACUAAAUAUCUCACAAAACUACACAUCUCAGGAUUCCACAGCACUGAGCUGUGGAAGUUAAAGUGGUGUCAAACUACAUUAAUUCUGGAGUAUGGAUGCAAUCUCAGAGACAUCUGGCUGUGCUCAUUUCAGUAGCACAUAUUCCGAGGCAUCUGGUAGUCCCCAUGUUAAUGGAAUGCUGGUCUAGAUAGGCCUUCAGUCUGACCAGCGUGGGCCUUCUUAUGUUCUUAAAUAUUAUCCACCUAUACAUAUCCAUGGCUCAGUCUCCAUGAGGUAUCAGGCAAGGUCUUCCACUGCCUUGUUUCGGGUACUUAAGUAGAGGCCGAACAUUGUAUUUGAUGUAUGUGACGCAUGUGUUGUACCACUGUCCCACAGUCUUGUAUGCUGAGGCUGGUCCUUCUGUUUCUCUGAAGUUUGUAUACACUUUCUAUAUACGCUUCUUUCUUAAACAGUGUGCUUCUUUAUGUGUACCUCUUUUCCACUCAACAAUGAUCAAACUUUAUUCUCUAUUCAGGACAGCAGUUUCUGUUCAAAUUAGAUUCAUAGGUUCCUGCAAAAUUUGGGGGAGCUUGUCGCUGGUAGGAAUUCAGCAGAGCUUUGGAAAUGAGGGGGAACUGUGACUCAAAGGAUUGUGUUGCACCAGAUGUAAAUCUACAACAAACCUUGCCUGGAAAAAUGUAGUGCUCCUUUAGUAUAGUUUUUAGAAGAACAAUUGUAAACCUAUGAACAAUUCUGAUGGUGCUUAAGAUAGACACCAGUGUUUGGAAUGCUACUUAUUUUGCUGACAUUUAUUAUUCUUCCUUUUAGUGUUAAUAUUUUGACAUUAUUAGGGGAAAAAACUUGAUUUCUCAAAGAAAUUGUGCAAGUAUGGCAAACCUCCUCUGAACAAACCUUGCCAAGAAAACCCCACCAUAGUUUUGCCAUAGGGUCUCCAUAACUCAGAAAUAACAACAACAUCAUGAGAUCAAUGAUGUGGGUUUUUCUUUAUCUAUGUACUGCUUUGAGGUUUUAUCUAUUUGAUGUUAUCAUCUCAAUUGGUAUAGAGAGACACAACUGUUUGGGUAUGAUAAAAAUAUAUAUGCUCUUGUAUUUAAUUUGAAUUUAUGUGGUGUUUGUCCCUUUUUGACUUCAAAUGCAUGCACUGCAAAUAUGUUUCACAUGUAGGAUGAGACCAACUGCUCCAUUUUCUAUCAAUCAUCCUGUAUACUAGACAACUUCUUUCUUCAUCGUCCUGCAGAAACCCUAAACCUUUUUCACUUCACUUCAUGAACAGUAAAGCCAUUAUGUAUACAGUCUUGUACAUUAAUGCACAAGGAUUUCACCCCAAGAUUAAUAACUAAGACCUGGGUCUGGAUGGAUGAAUAUGUCACCUAGAGUUCCUUCCCUUCUGGAUUCUGUUUUAUUGUUUAAUGUGUUCUUUCCAUUGAAAUUAUGAAUAUAAAUAAAUAAAAUGC